AUGGCUACUCCCCUGCCCACCCACAACCAGGUUCCGAUCCCCGUCGAUGCGAGCUUCGCCGGAGACACAGAGGUCUCCGCUGCUGGCUUCCCCACUGUCCUGCGCCUGCCUCUCGUCGACCAGGCCACUACGCACUCAAUAAGUUGCAUGACGGAGGCUGAACAGUUUGUACCUUGGUCAGAGCUUCGUCCGGAGCUGGUGGGUCUUGUGCUCAAGCGCCUCCCUUCCCUGGCUGACCGUGUUCGUAUGCGAGCAGUAUGUCACCCAUGGCGCAAUGGUACUAUGUCACAGGCUCUUCCCCUCCCAUUCCCCUGGCUCACCCUCCCCGAUGGAACCUUCCUCAGCAUCCCAGGUGGUGAGGUUCACCAAAUUCCUGUUCCUGAUGGUUCUUCUUGCCAUGGCUCCAUUGACAGCUCGCUAUUCCUCAUGAGCAGUGAUGGUGCCUUUUCAUUGCUGAACCCUUUCUCCAAGACCACAAUUGAGCUUCCUAAUCUAGUCACUGCUUGGCAGAGGGAGAUAGAUGACCAUACAACCCAUCUAGCUGAUGUUCCAGUUUCCUAUAAGUUGGUUGCACCCACGCCCCUGGGCUCAUCACCCAAGUCCCUUGCUGCCGCUCUGAUCAUUGGCAGUGGGUAUGCCAAAAAUCUUUGUAUCAUCAAACCACAAGUUGCCACUUACCCAUUCAGACUUUCAGCAGAUCCAUAUCCUCUUGUGGACUUCACGUUCUUCGAUGGACGGCUGCACAUGGUCUCUGAGUUUUUCAAGCUUUUCAUCGUUGAUUUCUCUGAGAACCUUGAAAACAAUCCAAACAUCAGCUGCGCAAUUGACUCUGUUGGUGAUUUUCUUGGAGCUCCCCAAUACUUGGACCCAAAGGGGUUUUAUCAACUCAAGCAGUAUCUAGUUGAAAGUGGUGGUAAAUUGUUGAUGGUGCAGCGCUUUAUGAGCUCUAGUUUUAGGAAUACUAAUGUUCAGACUGUUGGAUUUAAGGUCCUUGAGGCAGACAUGCGCACCAACCCUGGUCAGUGGAGGAUGGUGAGUGAUUUGGGUGGCCAUGCGCUCUUUCUUGGCAAGCAAAGCUCCAAGUCCCUGCCUGCUGGAGAAGGCUGUGGAUCACACGAGGAUUGCAUCUACUUCAUCUGCGACUAUCCUUGCCGGGAGUCUUCUGCAAACCCUCUACGCGAUUCUGGCAUAUACAGCAUGAGAAAUGGGACGUUCAUGCCAUUGUAUUCAGGGACUCCAGCAGUACCGGAACGCCAAGCUGGCCAGUGGGGGCUGACAUGGUUUUUCCCUCCUGAAGCUGUGUGA